AUGGCUUCUCAUGCUGAUGAUGAAUUGGUACCCUCCACCACCGAAGGGUACAAGGUUGGAGAGAAGAAAUCUGUCGAUGAGUACAACAAGCUAGAUGCUGAAGAUGAAUCUCUUGCUCGCUGGAAACAGUCCCUGGGUAUCGGAGCCUCCUCUGCUGGUUCCAUCGGUGAACCCGGCGAUAUGCGUAAGGUUGUUAUUCUUGAGCUCUCGCUUCUGAUUACUGGGCGUCCGGAUGUCGUUAUCGACCUCAGUGCUCUUGGUGCCGUUGCGACUCUAAAGGAGAAGCCUUUCACCAUCAAGGAAGGGAGUGAGUACAAGAUGAGAGUCAAGUUCAGAGUUCAGCACGAAGUUAUCUCUGGCCUGAGAUACCUUCAACUUGUCAAGAGGAAGGGCAUCAAGGUCGAUAAGUCAGACGAAAUGAUGGGGAGCUACGGGCCGAAUACUGCAGAAAAUCCGUGCUAUGAGAAGAUUUUUGCUCCCGAGGAAGCCCCAUCAGGCAUGCUGUACCGUGGACACUACGAUGCCCUGAGCAAGUUCAUGGACGACGAUCAUAACACCCAUUUGGAGUUUAACUGGAGCUUCAACAUUUCUAAGACUUGGGAAUAA